UUCCUGGUUUUCUUGUAAUUUUACUUUUUUUGCCUGUAUUUCAAAAGUACAUAAACAUUUUAUAUACAUAAAAAUAAGCAUAAAAUAUAUAUGUUUACGUAGAAAACGUUUUCUGAUGGCAGGAGAACUAAACUUGCGUACAUGUCAAAGUUUACAUUUUUCAUCUCAGACAAAAGCCCACAGCUGUCUAAAUAAAAAGAAACGAUUUUUUGUCCAACAUCUCAGAUGUCUGGCCAUUUGAAGAAAUGUGGAAGGGUGAAAAGAAAAGCCAGACGAAGGGAUUGUCCACCCAAAGGUUUCCAGCUGAGAAAUCACGCACACAUUUCUGGGAACACCCCCUUCUACAAGCAACGGCUAUGAAAACAUGACUAAAGGACAUUCUUCAAAAUAUCUUCUUUUAUAUUCUGCAGAAUAAACCAAGUCAUACAGGUAAGGACAAGAGUGGAAGAGAAAACGAUGAAAGGAUUUUCAUUAUUGGGUGAAGACAUCCACAGCAGCUCUGUUCCUCAUGCUUGAUUGCACUGAAUACAGAUUUGACCCUGCUGUUGGCGACAGGCUUCUGCACAUGCUCAGUGCGUCUACCCAUCACAUCAUCACGCACAGUCCAACAGAUCAGUGCACGCGGCUGCCCACAGGAACACAUCCUCUCGCUCUCCUCCACACGCAUCUUCUGUCUCUCCUGACUCGAGGCAUCUGUGUGUCUGCUGUAUCGUGACCGUCUCUCUGAGGUGGCUUUGAUGCUCGGAGCGUCCAGCGCUGGAAGAGACGAGGAGGAACAGCAUGUGUUGGGCAAGAGAUGGAUUUCUCUAAGAGCUGCGUAUGAUCUAUUAUGGAUUUCAACGCUUCGUCUGUAUUUGAGCAACACAAAGAAGUUGCUGAGGACGUCGAUCUAAAUGUGGUGUACCAGGCAGCGGCAAACGGCGAUGUCAACACGCUCACAGCCAUGAUACGAGAGGACCCUUCCAUCCUCGAGUACUGCGAUGGUGAAGGCUCCACGCCUCUGAUGCACGCUGUGUCCGGGAGACAGGUGGAUACGGUGAAACUGCUGCUGAAGAUGGGCGCUUCCAUCAAUACACAGGACGCUUGUGGACGGACGUCUCUCUCGCUUGCAACAUACCUGGGCUGGCUGGAAGGCUGUGUGUGUUUGCUUCGGAACGGAGCCAAGCAGAAUAUUCCUGACAAAAAUGGACGCUUGCCCAUCCAUGCAGCUACUGCCGAAACUGACUUCAGACUAAUGGCUGUGCUACUUCAACAGUCAACACUGUGUGAAAUCAAUCACCAAGACAAUGAGGGCAUGACAGCUCUACACUGGGCAUCCUUUCACAACCGACCAGAGCCUGUCAGGGCCCUGCUACAGAAGGGAGCUGACCCGACACUCGUGGACAAAGACUUUAAGACCGCUCUUCACUGGGCUGUGCAGAGUGGCAGCCGAUUCAUGUGUUCCCUCAUCCUCGACCAUCAUCUGGGCUCCUCCGUCAUCAAUUACGACGAUGAAAACGGGAAGACCUGCGUUCACAUUGCUGCGGCCGCAGGUUUCAGUGACAUCAUCUGUGAACUAGCCCGCAUUUCCGAGACAAACCUGCAGGCUCUAGAUGUGGAUGAACGGACCCCUCUUCAUUGGGCCGCGGCGGCGGGUAAAGACGAUUGUGUACAGGUUUUGUUGGAGCUGGGGGUUGAGUCCAGUCCUCGAGAUAUUAAUGAGAACACGCCACUCACAUACGCCAUGUACUGCGGUCAUACCGCCUGCAUCAAACUCCUUUCUGCUCAAAGCAGGUCCGAAUGUAGUGGGUCGGUUCACGCUCCAAACAACGACCCCUCUAUACGGAAAGAGGGAAAAUUUCGCAUGUUAAACCAGAUCUUUUGCAAGAAGAAGAAAGAACUUUCCCAGCAGACUGACUUGAGUGAAGAUUGUCAGCACAGGGAUGAGACGUCUGAAGUAGACGACAUCAUUACGAUGUUCGACAGUGUCGCUGAACCGUUAACCCGAAAUGAGAAUGAAAACAACUCGGCUGUUCGAAAACUAAACAAUAAUGAGUCUAUGAAAGUCCACCUGCUUGAGGACAUGUCCUGCAAGGACUUCAAGAGUCUCCCACCCAUACGCACACAGAGUCUUCCACCCAUCACUCUAGGCAAAUCCUUGCUGGUAAACUCGCAGCCUUUGACCCACAGAAACGCCUCAGGUCACGUGGUAGGACAUUUCGCUCACAGGUCACAGAAGAGCAAGAGCGAGCACGACCUGUUUGAUGGUAAAAGUAAGAGUCAGAAAGGUCUCGGACCUGCAUGGAAGACGGCGUCCAAUCAGAUAUUGAGUCACAAAGCGUGGGUUUCGGGACCAUCUGAACGCCUGCUCGACAAACUGUUGCAUGAAACUUCCAGUCCUCUGGAUGUGCUGUGUUCAAAACAAACACCAUACAUACAAAGAAAUGAUCAAGCUCAAAAUCAUCUCUUACCCAUGAGAGUUCGAGAAUCCACCCUUACACGUAACAGUCUUGCUCCCAUCCGUGACCACUGCACUCACAGGUUUUCCUUGCCACCAGACCAGGUCUCGCAGGGAGUGAAGAAGUCCAAAUCAUCGCUGGGAAAGAGUCUGGCUGGACUUCCCCCUCCUUUCACAUCCAAAAUGAACAGGGCCGGCAUUCCCCACAGCCAGUCGCUCGGAUCCGUCCCGACUCCUUUGACUCUAGAACCUUUACGGAACAUUCAGGUUCUGCCGGCCAUACCUCCCCAGAGAAAACGCAGUCCAUCUCCUCUCACAUCUCAGAGGCCUGAGAGUAAUGCUGACAGCACAUCCUGAUGGACAACUGCCCCCCAAAAAUGAUUUUUUCCUACAUUUUAACACGGUUCAGGUUUUUGUGGAUCAUUGGUGGCGGUGGAUCAUUGGUGGCGGUGGGGCGGAAGUGAGCAUGACGAUGCUGAAGUAUUCAUUUGAUAAAACCAAGUCUGUACAGAAAGCUAUUUUUUCAUACAGCUUGAUAUUUCUGUGUUGUGCAUACGGUUCUCCAUUUGACAGUAUUACUAAGAUCAAUUGCAAAUAAUCACUCGUAAUAAAAGAAAUGUUC